AUGCCAUCCGCUCCGCCAGCCUCUCGUAGACCUUAUCGAUCUCACAAGACUCCAGCCUGUGAUCGCUGCCGCCGGUUCAAGAGACGGUGUACCGGUGGUGGACCCGACGACCCUUGUGUGCUCUGUCAACUGCAAAACGUGCCCUGUCAGCCAUCAGAUAUUACCAAGGCACACACACCGUCGCGUCGGUCUACGAGAGUAGGGUAUACGCUUCCGCGGCGGAACCAGGUCCAAGAAAGGCCCGACACCAACAACCCAGCCCAUGAAUCACCCAUUCGCCCAAAUGUGAGAAACGGUCUUGGCGAGUCGGAAUCGAAUGAUCACAAUGCCAUUCAUCUUGGUAAUGCCCGGGCAGAGUCUUCAAUUGUGGUGAGUCCAGUGCUCACGGAGGAUAUACAAGCACUGGAGCGUUACUUUUCUUCUGGAGCUUCUACGGGGGAUCCCGCACCGGCUGCGGAUGGGUUGGAAAGGUCCUUGGUGUACAUGAGGGUUCCCCGGCGACGAGAAGGUCUUGCCAUGGCGAAGAAUCCCGGAAAGUACCAGAAGGAGGUUCUCUGGCAAAUACUGAGACCAUUUGCCAAAGAGCUUGUCAAGUUGUACUUUGAAAAAUUCCAUCCCGCAUUCCCGAUACUAGAUCAGAAGACAUUCCUCGAGAUAUACGAGCGCGGUGAUAAAAUCUCCCCGCCUCUUCUCUGCGAGUUCUUCGCUCUGUCUUUGACACUCUGGGACCACUCGGAUGUCCUCAGACAAUAUCCGAAACCUGAUCCCCAUUUUGUUUGGAAUUUAGCCGUGGAGUCUUUGCAACAAGACUUUCUAGCACCGGGGCUUUCUACCAUAUAUUCCGUUCUUUUCGAUAUGACUGGGCGGCCUAUCUUCUCGAUUCUGGGGAAUACGAUUAAUAAUGGACGAGCUGUGGCGCUUGCCAGAAGCCUGGGACUUAAUCGUGACCCCACGAAUUGGAAGCGUCCAGACAGUGAAAAGGUUCUUCGAGUCCGCCUUUGGUGGGCAAUCUUGAUUCAUGACUACUGGUCAAGCUUCGCUCAUGGAGUGUCUCCAAAUAUCACCAACAGGCAAUAUGAUGUCCCAGUCCCCACUUUGAGAGACCUUACACAUGAAGGGCAAUCAGAAGAAGGGCUGAAGGCAUCAGAAUGUUUCAUUCACCUCUGCACUCUUUCGGUCAUUUUAGGAGAAGUUCUACCGUUGGUCUAUGAUCUAGAGCAGAGAGAUAUCUGGAGGGACAUCCGUCGCCGUGAAACUGAGCUAGACAUUUGGGAGCAGGACGUCUCUUUACCGAUCAAUGGUCCGAACGAGAAAUACCCCUACCCUAUCUCCGGGCUAAGCAGUCUUUGUUUGAGUUACUUAUCUGUACGGCUGCUCUUAUGCCGUAUCGCGUUUCGUGCUGCGAACAAGACUAGCUCUCAGGAUAUGGAUCGGGCCACUAAUUUGCGGUAUCAUCUUGGGAGACUUCGCCGCUCGGCUCAAGAUAUCGUUGAAUAUGUCUGCUCUUUAGAACGAGUCCAUUUACAGGAGUUCUGGCUUGUUUAUACGGCACAUCAUUUGACUUUUACAUUUAUCAUCCUUCUACGCUGUACCGUCGAGGCUUCCGAUGCAGCUAUUUCCGAGUCAUGCAAAACCAGCCUAAUUCAAUUCUGGGCUAAGCUCCAAGAUGCAGCCGAAAAUGACAGUUGGGAUCUUGCUACAAUGUGUAUCGCCCGCUGUGGCGAAUCCAUGUCCAAAGUUAUAAGUUAUUUGAACGCCCAGGGAAAUAAGCAUGUGGUGUCCAAAGAUGCGUUAGCGCAGGGGACUGGCACUGUUCGUGAAGAGUUAGACCGACAGAAUGCCGCAGGCAGCUCCCAGAUGUCAGGUCUCGGAGAACUUGCACCGGAUGCUCUGCCAUUUUCGAACCUCGAUCUGUUGUUUGAAAAUUCAGCAGAUACAUUUUGGAGCGGAUUGGAUUUCGCUCCUCUUUAUGAAGAGGUCGACACGGGGCAGGUGUAUCUAUAG